UUUCUUUCCUACUAUCGCCAUGGUUAAGGAGACUAAGCUUUACGACCUUCUCGGCGUCUCACCAGAUGCGUCAGAGUCUGAACUGAAGAAGGCCUACCGUCAAAAAGCCCUACGCGCACACCCAGAUAAGGGUGGCGACCCCGAAAUCUUCAAAGACCUUACCCAAGCAUACGAAGUCCUUUCCGACCCCCAGAAACGUGGUAUCUACGAUCGCUUUGGUGAGGCAGGGCUGUCAGAAUCCGGCGGUGCAGGCGGCGUCGAUGCGCAAGACUUGUUCUCCCAGCUGUUCGGAGGCGGCGGAGGGCCUUUUGGUGGCGGGGGAUUCUUUGGUGGCGGAGGACGCCCAAGUGGACCGAGGAAGGGCAAGGAUCUCGUGCACCGUAUACAUGUGUCGCUCGAAGAGCUGUACAAGGGGAAGACGUCCAAGCUGUCGCUUAACAAGCACAUCAUCUGCCCUAAGUGCAACGGCAAGGGUGGCAAGGAGGGCGCUGUGAAGACUUGUCCGGGGUGCCGUGGUCAAGGUAUCAAGAUUGUCAUCCGACAGCUCGGUCCGAUGAUGCAACAGAUUCAGCAACAGUGCCCAGACUGCGACGGCACGGGUGAGAUCAUCAAUCCCAAGGACCGCUGCAAACAGUGCAAUGGAAAGAAGACGAUCAGCGAGAAGAAGGUGCUUGAAGUGCACAUCGAUAAGGGGAUGAAAGGUGGUGAAACGAUCAAUUUCGCUGGCGAAAGUGAUCAGGCACCAGACAUGAUACCCGGAGACGUCGUCAUCGUGAUCGAGGAGAAGAAACAUGAUCGUUUUACUCGCAAGGGCAACGAUCUCGUUAUCGAAAUCGAGAUCGACUUGCUUACUGCUCUUGGUGGUGGCCAAUUCGCCAUCCCGCAUUUGGAUGAACGCGCUCUGAUGGUCACGAUAGUGCCCGGAGAGGUCAUCAAGGAUGGUGCGGUCAAGGUCAUUCAUGGUCAGGGUAUGCCUUCACGCCGGCACCACGACUUUGGCGAUCUGUACGUGCGGAUGAAGGUCAAGUUCCCAGAGUCGAUCGAUCCUGCCGUAAUCCCACUGCUCGAAAAAGCGCUGCCAGCACGCAAGGCGACGGAGAAGUUCCCCAAGAACAUCCACUUGGAGGAAGUCGUUCUCGCUGAGCCAGACGCGCGGCAGCAGCGGGCAGCGAACGAUGAGAUGGAGGUGGACGAGGACGAGGACGGUGCUGGCCCGAGGGUACAGUGUCAGAACCAGUGAUCGGUUUCCUCAUUGGCAUUUGGCUGGCUGCUGCUGUAUGUAUCCUACGUUGCCGGGUUGCCUAACGGGUUGCUGUGGCUUUCUUCCGCUCUCGGAUACUUUCUCGCUUGUGUUUCAUUCUUCCUCUCGUUACGUGCAAUCGUGUACCCACUGCAGCAUCUAAUCAAUAGAGAUACAU